GCCAGUUUUUAAACACGUAAAGCACAAUUUUACUUCUUAUUUGAUCACUAAAGGACACUGUGUUAUACAAUAAAAACGAUAAUGAAGAAAAAAGACACGCGCCGUCGCCGGGAAUUUCAAUAAUUUCGAAAGAAAUGCUCGAUUCCAUUAGUGUGCAGUAAAAAUUUGUAUGGGUAAAAGAAAUUGUGAAAAGUAAAUUAUGAUAUGUAACCGAAACAUUAAUUAUACAUGGAGACAUGGCUUUUACGAAUGAUAAUUGGUCGCACGAACUCAAGAAGCAGAUAAUUGACUACGUUGAAGAAGUCAAUGGAACAUACAUUGUUGGUUGUACAACCGUUGUAAAGGUUUUCUUGAGAGAUGAGCGGACUCAUGAAGCUAUGUCAUUCAAAGAAUCUCGUAGCGAAUCAAUUGGCGCAGCUUAUGAUGAAGCACGAAAUAAAUCUUUCCAUCGAGCCUUGUAUGACGCCUUUACGUUUUUUUGGGAAUUUAUGAAGAUAAUGGAGAAGCUGAGUAAUGAAAAGGUGCAAAGAAUGGUCAAGCAGCAACAGUUAAAAGCCGAAUGGAAUAAUAAAAAUAUUGUAAAAAAUUAAUUAGUCAUAUUAUUUUAAAGUCAAAAUUAAA